GUGCUCUUGUAAACCAACAUCCCUCCCUGCGUCAACGUCUCAAAAAUGGUUCUUUCCGGCGACGUGUGGGGUCGUGUAACGACAUUCUUGGCCACAGAAACAGACGACUUCACAGCUCUGGCCCUUCUUGUAGGCUGACUGCCCCAUCUCGCAUCCUGUGUCCAUUCUCCGUGUGUCCGUGCAGGAGAAGAACAGCAGAGAUGGCGUCGUUACGUGGAUGGUGAGCAGGGAGCAUCUGAGGAGCUGCAGGGAGAUCUCCUUUCGACAUGCAAAACAUCAUGUCAAACACUUGCAGGACAUGGAAGAGCCCGCGGUGAGCGAGGAGGACAGAGGGAGAGAGAUUCUCAGGGAUCUUCACCUCUAUGAGUUGAUCUUUGUGCAGCGUUUGACCUUGUCAGGCAGCCUCAACCCCAUGCGCUAUCUGACUUCAUUCGUUAACCUCAAGUCACACACAAGAAAUCACCUGCUGCAAUGAAACAUCAAUCUGAUCCCAUCUCAUGGAUGUGUGUGUGUGUCCCGAAUGGCUGUAUGGUGCAUGCAGGCACCUGCAGAUCGGCAGCUGCAAAGUCUGUGAGACGCUCUGCCGUCACAUCACUACCAACGCCCCGCGUCUCGAGACGCUCCGUUUCGUUCAUUGCCACAACCUGCCCAACCCAGCCUGCGUCGGGCCACCAAGACACGGCUGUCGGGCGAGAGUCCGCUACUUUGUGGAAUGGCUGGUGAAUCUUCAAUCGAUUGUCGUCAUCCACUCGCUGACACAUCGGGGAAAGCGGUGUGAGGGUGGUGUGGGAGACGUGUCCUCUUCUUCGUCUGCUGCUCCGACGAGGUGUCCUUCUGAAAUGGGCGAAGAGGGACGAGUGGUGGUGAAGAUCACCCGGCCCUCUAGCCAAAAUACGGGAAUGCUCCGCUUCCUUACCCGAUGGACACUCACGGAUGAGUAAAUGCAUCAUGACGUGUGGGACAGUCAUAUGUUGUUCUGUCAUGCCAGCUUCAUCAUGUUGAAAAUGCGCAGACAAGACGUGAAUCGUGA